GAGGAGCUAGGGAAGAUAACUGUGUUAGAGUGAUCUCCUGCCGUGUGGGCCCAAGGGCCCACCGGGUCUAGAUCUGACGCGCCCUGAUCGGGGGCCCCCAACCCAAUAUGGUUGCGGGCCCCUGUCGCGCUGCGCUAUAUAAAUAGGUGGGGGCCAGGGCAUACACUACAAGGUUCCUCUGCGUCGCCGUCACCCCACCGACACACCUAACCCGAUCUAGAGGAAAGGCGCAGAUAGCGACGGGAAGCCCCGCCACUGUGUCACCCGACGCCGGCCAUCAAUCUCCCUCGCCGUCACGAUGUCGUCCACGCCGGCUACGUCCAGUCAAGGAGAAGGAGGGUACUACUUGAUGAGAUGCCUCAAGGACGUACCAACCCUCAGGGGUGACAACUACACUGAGUGGAGAAAGAAAGUUGACCUGGCUUUUGUUUGUGCCGAGGUGGACUGGGUGGUUGACACUCCACAGCCACCAAAACCUACAGAGCCAGUCAGGGAUGCAAAAGAUGAUGAUGAUGCUUGGGAGAAAAAGAAGAGGGAGUAUGCUCCAUUAGAGAUGUCAUACACCUUCGAGAACAAAAAGUGGCUCACCGCCAAUAAAAAGUGCAUGGCUUUCAUAAAGAACACAAUUGAGCACGCUAUUGUGGGCUCAAUUGCAGUGUGUGCUUCCGUAGGGGAGUAUAUUGACAGAAAAGCACACAGGAAGAGGACAUGGCAUAAGAGUGCAUAUCCUCAGGAUGAGCAACAUGGCUUCUAAGUUGAAGCCGAUGGAUGCUGAUCUAGAGAUUAAGCCUGCAAUGCUUGUUCACCUGGUUAUGACUUCAUUGCCAAAAGAGUUUGACACUUUUGUCAACUACAAUAUGCAACCAGAGUGGUGGGAUAUUGAAAAGACUAGUCAUGUGUGUGCAAGAGGAGGACAUAAUCAAAUCCUCAUAUGGUGGUUUCCUGAACUAUGUGAGGGAUAAUAAGAAAAAGAACUUCGCUCAAGGCAAUCAAAGUUCUCCUUCAAAGCCACAUGGUAAAGCUCCCAUGCAACAUCAACAACAGCAAAAGACUCUUCCAGUGGAGAAAGAUAUAUGUCUCCACUGCAAGAAGACCGGGCAUUACAAGAAAAAUUGUCCGGAAUGGCUAAAGUCAAUCAUGGCAAAGAAUGGUAUAAACUCCAUUUCUUUUGUAUAUGAAUCCCUGUAUACACAGUUUUCGAAAUCUA